UCUUUUGGCAAAAGAAAGAAAGAGUUUUUAUUUUCUCUCAUUUGAUUAAAAUUACAGAAGUUUUUAAAGAGAAAGGGAGGAUUUUUUUUUGUGGUAGUGGUAGUGGUGGAUGAUAUUUUUAUGCGCAGAUGUCUUACACCAAUAAUGGGAGAUCUUUGUUUCAUCGUUUGACGCCAUUUAUUACGAAUAGACUUAAUCAAGGGAGGAGGGUUUUAAGUUAUUCUUCUUCUUCAACUGCUGUUGUUGAUGAAUCUUCUUCUUCUGCUUCUUCAUCUGUGAAUCAAGAUGAUGUCCAUAUGACUGAGAAUUGCAUCCAGAGAUUGAAAGAAUUGCAUGCUAAACAAGCUAAAGACAAGAUGCUACGUCUGAGUGUAGAGGCUGGUGGGUGUUCUGGGUUCCAAUAUGUUUUCGAGUUGGAUGAUGAACCUAAACCAAACGACAGGGUAUUUACAAAAGAAGGUGUUAAGCUUGUUGUUGACAAAAGCUCAUACGGACUUGUGAAAGGUGCGACUGUUGAUUAUGUUGAGGAACUGAUACGCUCUGCAUUUGUGGUCACGGAGAAUCCAAGCGCAGUGGGUGGCUGUAGUUGUAAAAGCUCUUUCAUGGUGAAGUAGUGAUUAGAAGAUUUUUGCCACUGUACUGUUGCAAGUUGCAACCAUAUAUAUUCUUUUUGCAUCUCCGUGGUAUUAUAGAGAUUGACAUAAACACUGUCCUAUUUCAUCAACAGUAGACACUACUGUAAAUGUAUUUUUUGUAAGUCAACUAACAGUUUCUGCACCCCAUUCCUAGGUGACUGAAAUUUAGUGGCCAUAAAUUGCAGCAUAUACACUAUUUGUUGUGUGAAUGAUGUCUGUCUAUUUGAAAUUUUAUGUUAUGUAAUACAUCUGUGAUUCUUCAUCUUUCUACCCAUCUCUA